AUGGGGAUUAUUCUGCACGAGGUCGAUUGUCUAGUUUCUCAAGACGGGGGAUACACAGGCGCCGACGCUCGAUUCGUCGAUUCCCGGGGCAAACUGAGGCGGCUUGUGUUGAUUGAUUCCGACAUGUUGGUAAGAAAGAAUAUGGACGAUUUGUUCGAUGUUCCACUUGAGGAGGGAUGGAUUGCGGCUGCGCAUGCGUGUACUUGCAAUCCUAUGCAUAUAACGCACUAUCCUUCUUACUGGCGGGCCCUUGAUACUAAUGUUUUGAUGACAUUUACUAACACGGGCGUGCGGCCCGACGCACUUUGCACGGCCUUUCAGCCUCUCCCAGAGUCAGGAAUUACCCUGCAUUCGAUCAAUUCGGGCAUUGUGGUGCUUAAUCCGACCGAAAAACUCAAUGACGAAAUUAUCGAUGGCCUCCAUAAUGAUCCUAAUGUCACCAGAUAUGGCUUUCCGGACCAGGACUUCCUUUCAAGUCACUUCAAGAACCGGGUUAAAUUCUUGGGAUACGAGUACAAUGCAUUGAAGCCUAUGCUGAAGUGUCACAGUGCAAUAUGGAGAGACGAGAACAUUCGCAAUGUGCAUUAUAUAUUCAAGGAUAAACCAUGGGUUCUUCCGGAAGAUACGGAAAAGCUCGAUGAGCAAUUUCAUGUUAUACACGGGUGGUGGUGGGAUGAGUGGAGAAGACUCGAAGCUGAAAAGAAGGAAGAACAGUGGUGGGAGCUUGUCGUCGACCUGACUUCCCUUGGUUCCAAGGGUAUGCCGAGCUGA